CUCACGGACAGAGGUGAGGGUGAGGACAUCCUCGGAGUCCGAGAGGUUCGCCUUUUCGAUGCGGCCACCACGGUCUGCCAGGGCAGACCGGAGUUCCGAGUCGAACGAGCGCGCUCUCGGGUCCUUGAGCCAGAGGCGGCCUUGCCCGAGUCCACGAAGCGGAAUGUCGGCCUCUUCGGCGCUCUCCCGAUGCUUCUCGCGAACGGCGGAGUACAUUCUCAUUUUAAUUAUGUAUCCUUCGGAUUGGAACGAUUCGCGAAUAUCGCUCUGGACUCAUCCGCGAUUGCACCCGGACAGCAAGAACCAGGCCGAGACGGGGUGGAGAUCAUCAACGGGGUGGUGCACGUCCGCCCCGGCGGAGGAUUCGUGCCGAACUUCCACCUCUUCCGCAAGGUGGAGGUGAACGGGAAUGGGACCAUCCCCCUCUACUCAUAUCUCAAAGUGAGUCGGCUUCCUUUCGCCCUCCGCCCUCCAUCUACCAUCCACCCUCCAUCUACCAUCCACCCUCCAUCUACCAUCCACCCUUCAUCUACCAUCCACCCUCCAUCCUCAGUUGCUGCUUUAGAAAGAUUCUGA